AUAGACCAAAAAACACACAUGAUCUCCUGUCUCCUGAAAAGACCAGAAGUGUAUUUUCUUGUGCAUUUAGGCUUGGAUUUUGAGAUCGAUAUCAACAGCUCCCUGUGCCGACUAUCUUUCUAAGAAUUCCUUUCAGGUUUUUAUGCUGGCUGGGAGGCCAGAUGGGUUGGUUUAAAUGCUGCAUGUCAGAGGAAAGAUUAGGGAGAAAGGCAUUGAAAAAAAGCAUCAAGGAAUACCGUGAUGCCGAGACUUUAGCCUCGUAUGCUAACAUUUCAUUCAAGACAGAUAGCAGCAGAAAAAGGUUCAUAACUGAAGAAAUCAAGAAGAUUGGAAAGGGCAAUAUAUCUGCUGAUAUUUUCACAUGCCGAGAGUUAGCUACUGCAACCACGAACUUCAACAAUGAAAACCUGAUAGGCGAAGGCGGUUUUGGGAGGGUAUACAAAGGGCUGAUUGCAAAAACGAACCAAGUUGUCGCUGUUAAGCAACUAGACAGGAAUGGAUUUCAAGGAAACAGAGAAUUUCUUGUAGAGGUUUUGAUGUUAAGUCUUCUUCACCACCCUAACCUUGUCAACAUGGUUGGAUAUUGUGCUGAUGGUGACCAGAGGAUUUUAGUAUAUGAGUUCAUGGUUAACGGCUCCCUUGAGGAUCACCUUCUUGAUUUAACCCCAGAUAAAAAUCCAUUGGAUUGGAAUACUAGGAUUAAAAUAGCAGAAGGGGCUGCAAGAGGCCUUGAAUACUUGCAUGAAUCAGCAGAUCCUCCAGUAAUAUACCGUGACUUCAAAGCAUCAAACGUGUUAUUAGACGAGAAUUUCAACCCAAAGCUCUCAGAUUUCGGGCUGGCAAAGCUUGGACCGACCGGGGACAAGACACAUGUAUCCACCAGGGUGAUGGGAACUUAUGGCUACUGUGCACCUGAAUAUGCAUUGACAGGACAGUUGACAGCGAAAUCCGAUGUUUACAGCUUUGGAGUCGUGUUUUUGGAGAUGAUCACUGGAAGACGAGUCAUCGACAGUUCAAGACCAGCCGGAGAAAAGAAUUUAGUUUCCUGGGCAACACCAUUAUUUAAAGAUAAAAAAAAGCUUGCAUUAAUUGCAGACCCUUUGCUCAAAGGAAACUAUCCCUUAAGAGGUCUGUAUCAAGCACUUGCGGUUGCAAACAUGUGUCUCCAAGAGGAAGCUCUUACAAGGCCCUUAAUGGCUGAUGUUGUAACAGCACUUAAAUUUUUAGCAGUAAAUGAUGCUCCUGAAGAGACGGCAGUGGACGAUGACCAUAUCAAGACACCUUCUCCUGAUAGUGAUUGAGAUCAAAAUGGUUUCAUGGGUCUAUCAAGCACUCCUUUUACCAUUACUCAAAUUUCAUUUUCCAUUUAAUUACUUUUAUUUCUUCCACCCCUUAGUUUUGGUUUCCUGCCAAAUUUUGUUGCUUUUGUAGUUUUCUAAAUUUUGUCAGGUGUUUUUCGUUUUCUCCGGUUAUCAAACCCAGUUCAAGGUUUAACUCAGUACAAAGCCCGAGUUGUGGGCUGAUUGUUUCAA